CGAAACCUGACACUCCAGUACACGCGUCUCGACGCCCGGGGAUGCGUCCGCGACUUUGGGGCUUGAGAUAACUCUGCAUUUACGAUUGACGGAAGUGAACGCUCGUCCGAGAAGCUGCGUAACGUAAAUAAAGAUUCUAAUUUAUUGUGAGAGGGGAAUAAUCGAGUUUGGACAAUAAAAUAAACCGAAUUGAAUUUUCAACAUUCCAAAGUGCGAUUUAAAAGUGCGUUUCAUUGAAAACAAAUCUCAUCUUAUGACAUUCAAGUAUAAUGCUAAAGUUUCCUCAUGAGAAUGAGUGUGGCACGGCUAUUACUGUGCUACGUACUUCUCGAAGACUACAGUACGAAUCUAAGCGCAGCAAUUGGCAGCAGGAACGCCCGCAGCACCGGAAGUAACGCGGCAAGGAACACCGGAAAUGUCGCUGCGAGGACGAGCGAAGUCGUCCAACGGGAUCUCAGCCUGGAGGAGAACGAUGUUCCGAGCUUCGCUAAACCGAUCGGAAACGUGACAGCAGCUUGCCGGGGGGAAGCAGUUCUCUCGUGCACCAUUAGAGGAUUGGGUAACUACAAGGUUGCCUGGCUCCGUGCCGAAGAUCAAACGGUCCUCUCGAUCGGACAACGUACGAUAUCUCACUCGAAUCGUUUCACCGUGACAGUCGAAAACGUCACGAGCAAGAACCAGAGCUUCAACAACAACAACAACAACAACAACAAUGAGCAUCAAGACACAUCAACGAUGACGGAUGAGACAACGACCUGGCGUUUGCACAUUCGUUCGCUGAAGGAAGCUGACCGUGGCUGUUACAUGUGCCAAGUGAAUACGAGGCCCAUGUUGAGCCAACUGGGAUGUGUCGACGUACUCGUCGCACCGGAUAUACUCGUGGACGGUACGUCCGAGGGCGAGGUAUCCAUUAUGGAGGGUGAAAAUGCAACGCUGACGUGCAAAGCUUCCGGUCGACCGUUGCCACAGGUAUACUGGCGAACCGAGAAAAAUCAUUUCAUCCUGACGAGGGGCUUUCGCGACGAACUCGUUCAAGUGUACAACGCGACUGGUGAACGCUUGGAGCUCACCAGAGUUGACAGAAGGCAAACCGGAGCGUAUCUUUGCAUAGCGAAAAAUGAAGUGCCCCCGGCAAUCAGUAAGAGGGUUUAUUUGAGAGUCAAUUUCGCACCGAGCGCAAAGGUUAGGAACGAAUUGUUGAACUCACCUCUGAACACGAACGUCUCGCUCAUCUGUGAGAUCGAAGCAUCGCCGAAAACAAUAAAUUUGUGGACGAAACGGAGGGACCAGGUCAUAAUGAGCGGUGGACGAUACGUGAUCGACGAACGCACCAACCCCGAUGACGAAUGGAAGACAACGAUCGAAUUGAAAAUAAAAAAUCUACAAAAAUCUGACCUGGGAGAAUACAACUGCUCAGCAACUUCCAGUAUGGGCUACGCUGAAUCUAUUCUUGGUCUUUACGAACGACAGCAAGACACGACGACGUCUCGUCCGGUGAUAUGGACGAGCUCGAGAAAAAGCAAUCGUGAGAGAUCGUCCUACUUGACGACCCCGAGGUACAAUCACCAUCGUCCGAGUACACCGAUGAUCGGACAGAGAACAACCUCACUUCUGACAUCGAAGAAAAAAUACUUUUUUAGUACGACUAGUACGAGCACCCUGACACCCCGGGUUAUUUUGAACAAAGACAAGAAUGCCUUGAAACAUAACGAAGUUUUAAAUAUAAGAAACAUCGGUAUAAGCAUUGUCAAUGAACGAAUUCAAAUUUUAUUACCAACCGUUUAUUUAUUGGUAAUAUUUUCAAUGGUUUGAAACACACUUAUAGAAAGUCGUGCUCCAUUUUUUUUUAAUCAUUCAUUCACUUUUUGCAAACUUUGCCACUUUUUAUUGCCCGGUUGUGUUCAAUGAAAAAAAAAAAAAAAAACAACGUGAAUGUUACCAGAACUCACAGCAAUUAUUUUUGUAGAUUUUUUUUUUUUCGUUUUCCAUUCGCACGUCGUCGUAGUCACGAUAUUCCAUUUAUGUAGUUUUUUUACGUAAUUUUCACUGUUGUCGAGUUGCAGAAUAUUCGGAGAAAUUUUGGUUAUUCUACUCCUGAAUUUAAUUGAAAACAUCUCUGUAUUUUCAGCGUAUCGGAACCUCAAAGCCCCCAUCAGUAAAUUCGUUCGUGCGAACGAAAAAAAAAUGCUAAAAAAGUCGUUGAAAGCUAGACGAAAAUGAAUAUGUUCUCAAUUUUCGUAUACAACAGUUACGUACACUACCGCUCAAAUUUUCUCGGGCUAUUUUAUUACGUGAACGAUUUUUUUUUCGUUGAAAAGUUAAACCGGCUAGGAAAAAAAUUUCAAUCAUUUUUUACUCCCCCAACGUGUUCGUAUUCCCGUGAAAUGUACGUGCGUGUGUGUGCGCGUUGCGAAGAAGGUGGUUGAACCAUUGAAUUGAAUGAUUAUUUUGUAUAAGGCUGAAUUCUGUUUGAAUUUUGAAAUGAUCUGAAAUAGUUUGCAUUUUGAUAAAGCUUUGAAAUGAUCUAAAAACACUUUCCAAUAAUUCCAGUAGUUCUACAAUUUUGCUUCCUACCGAAUUCGCAAUUCGUAGUUUUUCAACCUACACAGAUGCUUCGUGAAAUGAGAAAUUGGUGAAUUACAAAUGUUUUUUUCGUUCAAUUUCGUUGGACUCAACAACUUCAGCGUCGUUUAUUUUGUUCAUUUUUUACAUUUCAUUUCUCUUAUAAUCUGCUCGCUAAUGUCAACUUUAUACUUCGAACGUAUUUGUUCCAUAAAGGAAAAUCCGAAUUAUUGCAAUGUUAAUAGAGAUGAUUUUUCGUUGAAUAAUGUUUAAAUGAAAAGAUUUUUGGUACAAAUGUUUAGUAAGUAAUUGGACUGCUUCGAAAUAUUUGAACGGUAGUGUACAUCUGUAAUGACAGGUCAUAUAGGAACAACUCUAAAACGUGCAAUCAAGUACAUUGACGUUGGAAGUCAAUCGGAAAAAGAUAUAUUGGAGUCGUCACUAUUUGAAACCUACAUACGUUCAUAAUCAAAUGCAGACAAAUAAUUAGAGUACUAAUUUAUGUAUAAGGGAAGAAGAAAUCCGAAUAGGGUGUAUCAAGAAUUCCUAUUGAAUGAUAAGAUCGAAAAAGCCCAUAUCCUCGUAAAUAUAUUCAUAUCGGUAGUGAGUGUGAUGCUACAUUUAUUUAAAUAUAAUUGAAUAAGAAUAAACGAACUAUAUUCAUGGUCGAGACGAGAAGAGACCCUCGCUGAUUCACAUUGUACAGAUAUUUUACUUUUCAUUUAUUUAUUCUUUAAAUUCCUAUCAAUAUCAUUCGGUCGUAAUCGAAUUGAGGAACGUACAGGAAGAUAUGUGAACGAGAAAACUAUAUUUCUGGAGGAUAUUGCAACGAGAAGAAAAAAUAAAUUUUAAAAACUCCUCAUUCACUGUUUUCCCCCUUGUGUAAUUGUUCCUGGCAAAGAUUGGCACAAAUCAUAUCUUUCUAGUCUUAUCGGAAGGAACGUUAGUCAACUUAUAGUUAAAAAUGUACAGUUCAUCGUCUUAAAUCCACACGAGCUAAAGGAUUGUACAUGAAAAGGUAAACAGAAAAAAAAACAAAAAAAGAUUAACGAAUUGUACUGAAUGUACCUAUGUGUGAACUUUUAAAAAUAUCGAACGAUGCUCAAUAUAUUGAUACUGAUGAAGUUAUGUUCAAAAAGCGUUGGUUAUAGGCGAUUAAAAUAAAAUCUAUAUAUAAAUAUAUCAAGACUUAAAUGAGAAAAAUGUGCUCAAAAUGAA